AUGGAAUUGCAGUCCUCCAGCCUGGAGAUGAUGAAUGAAAUCUCCAGUUUGGAUGACCUGACCAUCUCGGACAAGGCAAAUUCAUCUAGAUACCCUGACUAUGUCUACUUCAAUGCAGCAACAAUUUUCCAGAACAACCACGUGGAUAAACCCCAAGAUCAACGACUAGUGGACUACGGCAAAUUAACCAACCUCCCUAUGCCAGUGUUCGAAGAUGAAAAGUCUCAAAAAAAUACAUUGAAUAUCAUGCUCUCUGUUUACUCCACCUGCAUCAUGCAUGAUGACUUGACUAGCCUGGUUGUUGUGAUGUUGUAUGAUUUCCAAGAUCACAACUUUCAACCCAGACUCUGUCUUGCUGAUGAACAGGAGAUAGAAGAAGUGAGAGAAGUAGAAAAGUGCCUGAACAGUUUUAAAACAAAACUAGCUGCUUCUCUGGCUCGCUGCCGAAUCAAACUCUCCAUUCUAACUAUCGACUACCUCUUGCCCGAAACUGUAAGGACAAAACAAGAGAGAGCCUCUACCCUCCCUCUAUAUGCUUGGGUGAACACAGUAAAAACUAGCCUUGAAGAAGUGCACAAUUCCUUGGUGAGAGCAGGAUUUUUGAAGGUAAAAUCAAUCACUGAACUUGAAGGAUUAACUUUCUGUCAGGACCCGCACUGUCAGGAUUUGUUGGUUUUUCCUGCUCACCUCAAAGCUGACCUUCGUGGAAUGGAGCUCUUUACAGACUACAAGCUAGUUUUUCAGGAUAAAUCAUGCAGUCUGGCUGCACACUCUGCAAAGGCCUUGAUGAACAUGGAUGAUAAUGUCAUCAUUGGAAACAUGGGAUCAGGCUUGACCAUAGCUCACAUGUCUACACUGACCAAUCAGAACACAAGCAAGAUAUUUGUUUGUGGGGUGAAAUCCCAGCAAGAACAACUGCAACAUUUGUUCACACAAAUGCAUUGCAAAAAUAUAAAGCUAAUACCCGACACCUUCACAGAUAUUGAACCUACAGAUGCACGGUUACAAAAGGCUAAAAUUAUUUUGCUCCUGCCUCAGUGCACUGUAUCUGGUGUCAGUAACCCAGUCGAGUUCAUAUUAAAUGAAAAUGGAGAUGCUGGUCUUCUCCAGGAUCUUUCCAGGGGAUCAAUAUCAGAAGAUAAACUGAAUGACCUUGUCAAGCACCAAGAACAAAUCCUGACACAUGCAGUGAAAUUUCCCAAGGUGCAGGCUGUGGUGUACUGCACAUCUUCAAUUUACCCAGAGGAGAAUGAAAAUGUGGUGAAAAAAGCACUGGAGCAUAAAGUUGAGGGAAACCAAGUACAGCCGUACAGCUAA